AUGGGUCGCAAUAAGAUUGUAAUGAAGAAAAUUGAGGAUCCAGGUGCCCGUGAACAGUUUUACUCAAAGCGCAAGGGUAGCAUUGUUAAGAAGUCAAAUGAGUUGGGGGUUUUAUGUGAUACAGAUAUUGCACUGCUAAUGUUUUCUCCAACUGGUGAAGUGACCACCUAUUCUAGCGGAGAAAGUUUUGAGGAUAUCAUGAUCAAUGCAAUGAAGCAGCCUGAUGAACUGAAUCGACGAUCCACUCCAAAUCCAGAUGAAGAGCAUUUGAUGCAGAGUCUCGCGAAAUCAAAAUCUGAAAGAAAAAUGAUUGAAAAGAUUGCUAUUGUCGAGGCUCAUAUGGAGAAGCUUAAUGAGGUCAAACAAACACUAAGUGAAGCACAGGAGAAAAUAAGUUCUUACGAGCCACAAGUGGAGAAUAUCAACACAGUUGAAGAAGCUGAUGCAUAUAAUCAGUAUCUUCUGGGUGCUAUGGAACGGAUUCAACGAUCCAAAGCAAAACUCUUGGCUAACCAGGAAUUUCUCCAGAGAAAUGAAAAUGUCGCGAUGGCUUCGGUCAACGCAGAGGAUAUGGCUGCUGCAGGACUAGCCAUCGAAGAUUCAUAUGGUUUAGACAUAUAUGACGAUAUCAACGACUAUGCUAAAGAUUUACUUAAUUCUCCACUAUAUUCAAAUCCUGACUAUAAACCAACAUUAUCACCCGAGUCACACCCUGAAUUUCACGUAGAAGUGAAGGAAUGUUUGCAAAAUAUUUCAGAUGAUUGUGGGGUGAUCAUAUUCAACAAGAUCUUCGAUAAUGGCAAGUACACCGAUGUGGACGAGUGUUGUGCCCAACUUUUGACAUUGGGGAAGAAAUGCCAUCACACUAUCAUUGAGUCUACUAUUGAUAGUCCUGAGAUGAAGGGAGUGAACAAAACUGCAGUCUGGAUAAAUAGUGACAAUCUUUGGAAAAAAUGUAGUUUUGUUUCCCAUUAA